GGUGGGCGGAGCAAAGGCAACGCGGGAAGCAGUUGGGAAGGAGGAGGGGAGUUGCGAGCGGGAGCUUUGUUGCAGGUUGUUUUUGAGCCCCGCGCGCGGGAAAAGAAAGAAAGCGCGCGGGAGAGCCGAUUCCCGCCACGAGCCCAACGGCCAGCCCGGCGAGAGAGAAGAGCGAGCGAGCGAGCCCCGUCGCGAGCACGCUCACGCGCGGGUGGGCUUGACCCGACCACAGACCGGCCCUGCCACCGACGAGUGCCUUUACGAGUUAUCCCUCCUCCUCCUCCUCCUCCUUCCCCUCGAUCUGUCGGGGUAGCGGGGGUUGGGGAAGGUUACCCUGGUCACCUCCUUCCAUGGAGAACUUCCAGAAGGUGGAGAAGAUCGGGGAGGGCACCUACGGCGUGGUCUAUAAAGCCAAGAACAAAGUCACCGGCGAGGUGGUGGCCCUGAAGAAGAUCCGUCUGGACACAGAGACAGAAGGUGUCCCGAGCACAGCCAUCCGUGAGAUCUCACUGUUGAAGGAACUGAACCACCCUAAUAUUGUCAAACUACUCGAUGUCAUCCAUACAGAAAACAAACUUUAUUUGGUUUUUGAAUUCCUCCAUCAAGACCUCAAGAAAUUCAUGGAUUCUUCAUCUUCCAUCAGUGGUGUAGAAUUGCCACUGAUCAAGAGCUACCUGUUCCAGUUACUGCAAGGCCUUGCCUUCUGCCACUCUCAUCGAGUGCUCCACCGGGACCUUAAACCACAGAAUCUCCUGAUCAAUGCUGAGGGAGCGAUAAAACUGGCUGACUUUGGACUUGCUCGUGCAUUUGGUGUUCCAGUGCGCACUUACACACAUGAGGUGGUGACUCUCUGGUAUCGUGCUCCAGAAAUUCUCCUUGGCUGCAAAUACUACUCAACAGCUGUAGACAUAUGGAGCCUGGGUUGCAUCUUUGCAGAGAUGUUAACUCGUAGAGCCCUCUUUCCUGGGGAUUCAGAAAUUGACCAGCUGUUCCGCAUCUUUCGCACACUGGGCACACCAGAUGAGACAGUGUGGCCAGGUGUCACCUCUAUGCCAGACUACAAAUCCAGCUUUCCCAAGUGGGCCCGGCAGGACUUCAGUAAAGUGGUGCCACCUCUGGAUGAAGAAGGCAGGAAGCUUCUGGCACAAAUGCUCCAUUAUGAUCCCAACAAAAGGAUUUCAGCAAAGACUGCACUCAGCCACCCCUUCUUCCGGGAUGUUACAAAAGCUGUGCCACAUCUUCGUCUAUGAGAUGGGAUCAGGACCUGUGAACCUGUCCUGGUGCAAACUUUGCAACGUGCUGCUCCUUUGGAUUGGACUAGUAGCUUGCACUUAACUUUUCAAAGUAAUCCUUAGUGGAACACAGGAACUUGAGUUGGGCACAAAUCCAGUGGCUUUGAGGGGUCUUACUGCUGAACUCAUUUCAAAGCACUAGCAGAGCAUGCGGAUACCGUGCUUCCAGACUGCAUUUGUGCCAAGAGAGGAGGACCUCCAGGGCUGACAGCAACAAGGAAUCUGUUUCCUAUGAGGGCAGUACCUGCACUUCUCUCAUUUCCUUACAUCACAGGAGUGCUGUUGUUUUUCCCUUAGUGGUUUUUAUGCAGUGUCUUCCAUGAACUAGCUGAUUUUUUAAGUCUGCCUUUUCAGUGCUCAUGAGCCAAGUAUGCUGCCAGGGAUUGACUCUUUUUUCUGAUUGACAUAAUUGAGUUUCAAUAAAGGAUUGGUGCCUGCC